AUGUAUGAAAAUGAUAAUACAGAUACAGCUGACAGUCAUCAUAAAAAUGAGGAAUUGAUAGAAGAAUUAUAAAAGUAUUGGCGAUUAGUGAUUUCUCAUAUGGGAUAGGAUUAUCAACAUCUAUUAAAAUUGUCUAGGGAUUCUGAUGCAUUGGAAUUGGUUUAGUCAUUGACGAUUUUAGAAGAUAUUAGAUUUAAUGAUUAGAAAGUUCCAUAAAAUCAUGAUUUAGAAAAUGAAAUACUGCAAUUUAAAUAAUAAAUUUCUAACCAAAAAAAUGAAUUGGAAUCCAAAACCAAACUCAUUCAUGAAUUACUAAAAAAACAAACUCAAAUAUAAGAAUAAAAUCAAUAAAUGCUUCUAUAGUUGAUAAAAAAAGAGGAGGAAAAUUCCAGUUAAAUAGUUCAACUACAAAAGGAAAUAAAAGACAAUAACAAAAAUUAAAGUCGAAUGCCUUUGUAACUGCAAUCUGCACGUCAACCAAUUCAACAAUAUAGUUAAUCAACAAAAAGCUCUCCCUAACCCAGAGAAUUUCGUCAACUAAGCAAUUAUUAUUAAACUAAAUUAAGUAAAUUGAUAAAGGUUUAGGGUACUCAUAAUAAUGCAAUUAAAAAUAAUAGCAAUAUUGUUUUUUAAUGA